AUGUGUCGUUAUUGGAAGAAACUCCACACAUGCGGUGACAUCAGCGACCGUCCUUAUAUCGAAAUGUGCAACAGUGGCGUCUUCUCCAAUGCCGUUUGUCCCGACAUCAGCGACGAUCCCAAGCUCCGCAACUCACACUUUCCAUGCUACUCGUGCAUCAAAAACGAGGCGAGGGCAGAGCUUGAGCACAAAUUCAAGAUGAUGGAGGACGCAGAGGCCAAGGCAUUUGAAGCACGGCAGCUCGCAGCCAAGGAGAAACAAAACUACGAACAGCGCCUCAAGGAAGAACGUGUGCGCCGCGAAGCCCGCGAGAAAGCCGCCCGCGAGCGCGAGGAAGAGAUGCGGCUCAAGAAGGCCAAGGAGGAGGAAGAACGCAAGGCGAAGAAAGAAGGCGGCAUGUGGAUUGAGACUGGCAGUGGCAAGAAAAGCAGGGCCAGAAAAAGUGGUGGUGGCGCUGUUGGGAAUCCGCUAUCGCCUGUCUCAAAUAUGUCGGGCUCGGGUGGUGGAUUGCGGGAGAAUAGGCCUCCUGUUGGCGGUGAUGGAGACAAGAAUCUGGGGAAAACGAGUGCUGAUGCUGGUGGUAGGGCUGGUACUUGGGGUCCUAAGAAGAUUCUGAGUCGCAAAGAGAAUGGUGGUGGUGCACAUGGGUUUGGCGUUGGCGUCCACGGCAAUGGCAACGUCAACGGCAAUGGGAAUGGCAACAGCACCAGCACCAUCGCUGGUAAUACAGGCCUGAAGAAGUAA